AUGACGGAACCCAACCUCUCUGAAAAUUAUACACCUUUUAGCCCUGAAAAUAUUAAUGAUCUUUUUGAAGAAGUUAGUACGUCUGACACCAAUAGUCAAGUAUCUCAAGAAACCAAUACUAUUGAUUUGCCGUCCCAAA